UGUGUGUGUGUGUGUGUCCGAAGGUUCGUCACUUUCUCGCUGGCGUCGUCGAACGAAGCAGACUAAGCGAUCGGACGCUCCGCCGGGCGAGCUAAGUCGCAGCGGGCUCGCCCGCGGCUCACGUUAGCGGUUAGCCGCCCGCUUUGCUCGCCGGCUGUUAGCCUCCGUGGCUAAAAACAUCAACGCGGCCGGCCGGCCGGCCGCGUCUCGGCUCGUCUCACCUUUGCGCUUCCGCGGCGCGCGAUCCAGCCAUGUCCGUGUCCGUGAUCAUCAAGUGGGGGGGCCAAGAAUACGCCAUCACGUCGCUGUCCGAGGAGGACACCGUCAUGGACCUCAAGCAGUCCAUCAAGGCUCUGACCGGCGUGCUGCCCGAGAGGCAGAAGCUGCUCGGGCUCAAGGUCAAAGGAAAGGCGGCGGAGGACCAGGUGAAGCUGGGCUCCCUCAAGCUCAAGCCCAACACCAAGAUCAUGAUGAUGGGCACCAGGGAGGAGGGCCUGGAGGAGGUCUUGGCCCCUCGGCCCGAGAAUGACGACGUGGUCAACGACUUUGACAUCGAGGAGGAGGUCAUCGAAGUGGAGAACAGGGAGGAGAACCUGGCCAAGAUCGCUCGCCGCGUCAAAGACUACAAGGUGGAGGAGAUGAACUCCCCCAGGGAAGGCAAGAGACUUCUGGUGCUGGACGUGGACUACACUUUGUUUGACCACAAGUCGUGCGCGGAGAGCGGCCAGGAGCUGAUGAGGCCGUACCUGCACGAGUUCCUGACGUCGGCCUACGCCGAUUACGACAUCGUCAUCUGGUCCGCCACCAGCAUGAAGUGGAUCGAGGCCAAAAUGAAGGAGCUGGGGGUGACCGACAACCCCAACUACAAGAUCGCCUUCAUGCUGGACAGCGCCGCCAUGAUCACUGUGCACACGCCCAAAAGGGGCGUGGUCGAGGUGAAGCCGCUGGGUGUGAUCUGGGGCAAGUACGAGCGCUUCUACAGCCGCAAGAACACCAUCAUGUUGGACGACAUCGGCCGCAACUUCCUGAUGAACCCGCAGAACGGGCUCAAGAUCCGGCCCUUCAUGAAGGCGCACCUGAACCGCGAGAAGGACCGCGAGCUCCAGAAGCUGAGCGAGUACUUGAAGGAGAUCGCCACGCUGGACGACUUCAGCGCCCUCAACCACAAACACUGGGAGAGGUACCUGUCCAAGAAGCAGCAACACUGACCACAAUGACGACGUCACAGCAGCACACUGGAAAAACAUUUCCUGCAGCUGAACUCCACCCCCCCUACCCCCUCCCCCCGCACACAUGCACAGUGUGUGUGUGUGUGUGUGUUUUGGCGCGCACCCCCACGUCCAGUCUCCCGAAAGGCAGCGCCGCAGUCAAGCGCCCCGGUGCUUCCAGCCACAACGAUGCGCACGCAGCCACGCAAACGCCACAAGAUGCAAGCAAGCCAAGCGACGACGACACACAAACGCAGCGGCGGCGCAACGCCUGAAAAAUGCAAACAGCGUGCGGCCACCAAACCCAGCCGCGACAGCAAAGUGUCGCGCGUCGUCACGGAAACAGCCGCAGGAAUGCCUGAGUACAUAUGACAUGAAUAAAAAUAAUCAGAAUAA